AUGCCGUCCGCCUCCGGCCUCUUCUUGCUUGCCAUUGUGACGCAAACCGCAGCGCAGGGAAAACCUGAUAUCCUUUACCAGGUUACCGCUGACUAUCCAGCCGGUUGUUAUGGAGGCCCUGGUCCAGGGGAGGGAAGCAAUAUUGCCGAUCUUCAAGCGCCUUGCUGCAUUUACAACGUGAAGGGAUACACAAUCGGCCCAAGGGAAGCUCGGAUUCAUAGAGAAACUGCUGGUAUCAUACUCAACACCAACAGGGAAGGAUUAUCUGGCACCAUGCAAAUAAAUGUCACUUUGAUGUUUAACCUCUCCCUGCUCCAUCCCAAGUUUCUUGGUGUCGAAGUGGAGACGUAUGGAUUGGCUCACCUGAGUAUCGGUGAUGAAACCCGAAAAUUCUACUUGUCCAUAGGCGAACUCAACGUGAAGCGCUCCUAUGGCACUGGAAUGAUGGUCUACGCUCCGAUUAAUGAGGCUGGUUUUAUCCCUAACAAGGGGAGUGUUGUCCAUAUUUGGGGGUUAGAUUCUCUAAAAGGUAUGGCCACCUCAUCCGGGCUGUUUUUAACUGCUACCCACAAACCCGCCACCAAUGCAGAAGCUGUCGAUUUCUUUUCAACAACAGACCUUUACGUGGAGGAGAGGAAAGAUGGUUGGGACUACAAGUUGGAAUACUUCUUUGAUGAUUUGACUCAUAAAAUCAAAGAUUACGACAAAUAUGCUAUCCGCGGCUAUUUGCUGGACAAUGUUGUAGUGUGA